UGCCAGGACCAAAUUCCUCCAGUGACAAUGGCAUCAGCUUUGCCAUGGUAAUGAUGGCCUGGGUGGUGAUUGCACUUGUCUUGUUCUUACUGAGACCUAGUAAUCUGAGAGGAUCCAACACAGCUGGAAAGCCAACCAGCCCACAUAAUGGACAAGAACCACCAGCCCCACCAGUGGACUAG